AUGGGAGGCGGAGGCUCAAAAUCAAAGAAAAGUGAUAAUGUAGUUAGAGCUACAAACACAUUCACUACUGCAACUCCAAAUCACUAACCAGUGGUUUCUAACAUACCAUAAAAACAGCAGCUUUAAAAUAAUCAAUCUCAAUAAAUACUUUCGAUUUAAUCUCCUCUUUAAGAUUCUAACAAGAUGAAUCAGUAACCACCAUCAAAUAACAAUAGUUAAAGUUAUUUCAAUCCGCAACCAACAGGACUUUCUCAAAACUAAGGCGGGUCCUCUUUAUAAAACAAUGAGAACUCAUAUAAUCAAUAGCUGUAGGUUUAAUAAGCAGAGUAGUAAAAAUAGAAAUAAUUAGAGGAAGAAAAACUAAGAUAAGCAAAGCUAGCAGAAAAGUAGAGACUCAAAUAGCAAAAGGAAUAGGAAAGAAUCGCUCUUUAGCAAAGAGAAUUAGAAUAGCAAUAACAGCAGUAAGCUGUAUUCAACAAACCCCCUUCAUCAUAAUAACCAAGAUAAGGAUUAGUUGGUGCAUAAUACAAUGCCCCUCAAGCAUAGCAGAAGAAUGAGCAUGUUCUAAUUAGGAAUGAGUAAGAUUAAGAUUAGAUACAGACAUUUGUGAAGAAGAAUACUUUGAAUACCGAUUCUAUGAUAAAUAUGACCGUGAAUUUGAGUACUGUGGAGUAUAAACAGAAGAAGAAGAAUGCUAAUCAAAGCUAUUCCAGUAAUUUCGGUGCUCCUGGUGAGAUGUCAAAUGGAUUUUCGAACGCUGGACUUUCAUUUGUAAGCGGCUUUGUUGCUCAGGACACUAGUUAUAUGAAUCCACAAUUCGAUAAAGGAGAUUAGAUUGAUAUCAAUGAACUACAGAACUACAUUUAAUCACCCAUUAAGAAACGAGGAUUAUGA